UACCUGCCCAUUUUCCAUUUUUACAUAAAAUUUACGACUGUUUUUGCCAUAGCUUUCGCAGAUGCGGCCACACAGACGGACGUGACCGUCGCGGACCUGAAGGCGCUGGAGGAAGACAAUCGGCGUCUGACUUCCGAGCUUCACGCAUUUGAGAUCCAGAAGAGCCAGCUUGAAAUUACAGAGUCAUCACUGCGUGAAGACCCAGAGAAAGUUUGCUUCUAUACUGGGCUUCCUAGUUUUACUGUUCUUUUCGCCAUCUAUCAGCUGAUAGAGGUGUCUGUGACACAUACUCCACAGCGCUGCCUUGGCAAGUUCCAAGAAUUCAUUGUGUUUUUGAUGAAACUGAAAUGGAACUUCCCACUGCAGGACCUUGGCUAUCGUUUUGGAGUGUCAGACUCAACCAUAAGCAGAGUAUUUGAAAGAUGGCUACACGCCGCUUUUUGGCGGCUGAAAGCAACUAUUGUGUGGCCUUCACGAGAUGAAAUUUGUAGAACAAUGCCACAGGCAUUCUAUGACUCUUUUGGUAGAAAGGUAGCGGUCAUAAUAGAUUGCUUUGAGAUGAAAAUUGAACGACCAUCCUCACUACAGCCGAGAUGCGAGACGUGGUCCCAGUAUAAGUCGAGCAAUACAGCAAAAUACUUAAUAGGCAUCUCUCCACAAGGGGUAAUCACAUUCAUAUCUGAGGGCUGGGGAGGUAGAACAUCUGACAAACACAUCACCGAGAACUGCGGAAUUCUGGACAAGCUGUCACACGGUGAUGUGGUUCUCGCGGACAGAGGGUUUGACAUUGCCGAUAGCUUAGCUCUGUACUGUGCAAAGCUCCACAUCCCUGCUUUUACCAAAGGCAAGAGGCAACUGUCGGCUUUGGAGGUAGAGACUACAAGGAAGAUUGCAAAUGUCAGAAUACAUGUAGAAAGGGUGAUUGGUUUGGUGCGAAACAAGUAUGUCAUAAUGAAAGCUCUUCAGCCAGUUAGUUUUGCAACGCGUAAGGAAGGUGACAGUGUUUCACCGUUAGACAAAAUAGUUACAAUAUGCUGUGCACUGACAAAUUUUUGUCCAUCUGUUGUGCCUGCAAAUGCGGAAUAAUUUUUUCCUAAAUGCCUAUUUCUAUUUGUGUGCUCAUAUUUCUUCCUGUCCCGCUGUCCGUGAGAACCACAUUACCGUGCGACAGCUUGUCCAGAAUUCCACAGUUCUCAGUGAUGUUUUUGUCAGUCAGAUGUUCUAUCCCCCAUGCCAUUGCUUAAAAUUUAAAAUUAUGGGGUUUUACGUGCCAAAACUACGAUCUGAUUAUGAGGCAUGUCAUAGUGGGGGACUCGUCAAAUUUGGACCACCUGGGGUUCCUUAAUGUGCACCUAAAUCUAAGUACACGGGUGUUUUCGCAUUUCGCCCCCAUCGAAAUGUGGCCGCCGUGGCUGGGAUUCGAUCUCGCAACCUCGUGCUCAGCAGCCUAACACCAUAGCCACUGAGGAACCACAGCGGGUAAAAGAAAGGUGCCAUCAGCACUCUGUGUUCCCUCCCAAGUACUGACCGAGCCCAAUGCUGCUUAAAAUUGUGUUAGACUGUGUUAGAUAUACACAACAUGUGAAGAUUCCCUAAAACUUUCUACAAAAUAAAAGUACUGGCUUAUUUUGAUGUUACAUGUAUCGAAGAGAACACCUAUCAAAACCUAGUAAAAAAAAACAUCUAAUGUACAAACUACAGCUCACCUUUCUUUUGCUUUGGUUCAAUGAUGCUUUUUUUUUCAUUUUUCUCUGUACCUCGUGUUCUUGAAUAGUUCUUCGCUCCGCCAGUGUGUGCUGCACUUGUAGGAUGCUGUGUAUGUAUUUGUAAUACAUAACUUCUAAAAAUAUGCCGCAGUGAUCCCUGUUUGACCAUGUGUAUCCUGUUUUUUUUUUAACUUCUUUUGGUUGAAUGACUUUUCACGUGUUAUUUCCCAAUAA